AUGCCGGCAGCUCCAGGAUGGGCACAGCUCGACACCAUGUCAGUCCAGUGUGAGGAGCUCCGAAAGGAGUCCGCGCAGAAUGAGGAUCGGGCUAUGCAGGCGAUGCAAGUCAGAGAACAAGUCCUGGAAGAUGAGGUGGAAAGACUCAGGGACACCAUCCAUCAGCUGAAGACAGAGCAACAGAACAGUGUACGGAAUGUAGAAGUGGAGCUUCGCGACGUUCAGGACAGAAUAGAGGAGCUGGAGAAGCGGCUUGCGCAGUCAGCACGAGAGAGGAGUGAAAUGGAAGGCUUGAUCCAGGAUGCAGUUGCGCGAGGGAUGACCGCCGAGAACCAGGCAGAAGUGGCGAGAAAGGAGAUGUGCAAACUGGAAGCUUGUCACAUGGCAGAGGUUUCCAGCUUGCAGGCCCGCUGUGACCGGCAAGUCAGUGAGCUUCAACGACGCAUUGACGAGUUGGAGACCGAAAAGGCCAAUCAGGACUCGCUUCCAAGCCCCCAACAGCCAGCGGAUAAGCCCGCCACAGAGCUGGAAGACAAGGACGAGGAGGAGGAAAAUCAGAAGGACGAGCAGGAGGGACCUGUGUCAAUCUCGGCAUUGGCAGCUGGUAGCUUCGACGCCGUGGAGGACGUUGGGGAACUACAGGCUCGCAUCCAUGUCCUGGAAACUCAGUGCAGUGCGCUGCAGAGGAAGCUCAACGCGCGUCCCAUUGUUCACGCAAACGCGCGGACUCCUCGUCGCCCCACAGUGAAGCGCGCCACUGGUUUGCUCGGGGUGCUGCGGGAGAUCCUGGAACAGCUGCUUCGAAAUUUUACCGAGCGUUUGCUGAAGCGCGAUGCCUUCCUUUGGGUGUUCUAUGGCCACCUGUGUGUGUUGUAUGUGAUAGCUGCCAGUUGCUAUGCUCAAACGGGUGUCGGCUCCUCUACCGUGGACGUGGACUUGCAUGCGAAGCAGGCUCUUCGAGGAGCCACAGGUUGA